GCAGGCAGGGCGAAGAUGGCGUCAGGGACGAAGGGAGGGAGUGAAAGUGGUGAGAAUGUGGUGAAUGGGAGACGCUCAACGAAGCACAGGGACAACGGCCCUGCAGCGAUGGACACCAAGGCCGUGUUCACGGCCCUGUACGACGUGUGCGAGGAGAACGCGGCCUUCUUCUCCGGGGGCCGCAAGGGCCCGCAGGGCGACGCCGCCCGCCGCCUGGUGGAGGCCAUGACGCUCAUCCAGGACCACGCCCGCAGCCUGGAGCCCGUCGUCUCCGGCUUCACCGCCAUCUACCACCACUUCGACUUCGACCCCCAGAUCCCGGCCAACGGCUACCGCUCCCUCGUCAAGGUGGUGCGCUGCUGCCUUCUCCACAUCAUCCACAAGGGGCGCUACAUCGCCUCCAACCGCCGCAGCAUCUUCUUCCGGGCGGCGCACAACGCGGGCGAGAUGGAGGCGUACUGCAGCGCCCUGUGCCAGCUGCGCGCCCUGCUCUACCUGGCGCAGCGGCUGCUGCACGACAACAGCCACGGCAACCUGUUCUUCCAGGAGGAGAGCGGGCUGAGCCGCAGCUUCGUGCGCGAGUACGCCUCCAUGCACAAGGGCUGCUUCUACGGCCGCUGCCUGGGCUUCCAGUUCACUCCAGCUAUUCGCCCGUUCCUGCAGACCAUUGCUAUCGGCCUGGUCUCCUUUGGGGAGAACUACAGAAGGCACCAGUCAGGGAUAGUGGAGGCAGAAGGUAUUGCACCGUACGGUGUGGCAGCCAGCUCCUUCUUCACGUCAGGGAAGUACGCCAUUGACCCGGAGCUGAGGGGGGCGGAGUUCGAGCGGAUCACGCAGAACUUGGACGUGCACUUCUGGAAGACUUUCUGGAACAUCACGGAAACGGAGGUGUUAUCGAGCCUGGCCAGCAUGACCUCCACCCCCGUGAAGGUGAACCGUGCCCUCUCCAUCCCGCCCGUGCCCUUUGACCUCCCUCUGGUGUCGGAUCCCAGGCGGUCCGUGACGGUGGCGCCCCCCGUGGCGCACUGUGGCCCGGGCCCCGUGCAGAUGCGUCUGAUCUCUCACGAGCUGCGGGAGGGGCAGGACAGCGAGGAGCUGCUGGCGGUGUCCCGUUCGGAGGGCCCGCCCCUCUCGCUCUCCCUGGGGCUGAAGACCAAACGCGGGCCCUGCUCCCCCUGGCUGCUGGUGCACUACCACGGAGGAGGCUUCGUCGCACAGACCUCCAAAUCACACGAGCCUUACCUGAAGAGCUGGUCUCAGGAUCUGGGCGUGCCCAUCCUGUCGGUGGACUACUCCCUGGCCCCCGAGGCCCCGUUCCCCCGGGCCUUGGAGGAGUGCUUCUACGCCUACUGCUGGGCCUUGAAGAAUUACCGCCUGCUGGGCUGGACGGGUGAGCGCGUGUGCCUGGCCGGGGACAGUGCCGGGGGGAAUCUCUGCGUCACCGUGUCCAUGCGGGCGGCCUCGCAGGGCGUGCGCAUGCCCGACGGCAUCAUGGCGGCCUACCCCGCCACCCUGCUGACAGCCUACGCCUCGCCCUCACGCCUCCUCACGCUCAUGGACCCCCUGUUGCCGCUCAGCGUGUUGUCCAAGUGCCUCAGCGCCUACGCAGGGACAGAGCCUCAAGUGGAGAAGCAGAUGGAGAAGGUGAGCACGCUCAGCAUGGUGAAGAGAGACACGGCUCUGCUGCUCAGGGACUUCAAACAGGGGGCGUCCAACUGGAUCCACUCCCUCCUGGACUCUAACCGGGCUACUCCUGCCUCUGUUGUUUCUGCAGUCUUUCGGUGCCUCUGGGCGCGUCUCAGGCGCCCUUUGACCUUUUUGAUGACUAUCUUCCACCUCCCCAGCCCCAUCUCUUCCUCUGACGCAGUGCGGAAAAGCGUUUCGGAGGCCACCCUCAGCUCUCCGCACUCCGACCCCCCCGUGCCACCGGACCAAUCGCAGUUCUCCCUGCGCAGGGACUCCCUGAAGAGCCAGACGUGCCAGGACCUGGGCUCGCACCGCAGCGCCUCCCCCACCUCCCCGCUGCCCUCGGAACGCAUGCCCGAGGACGUCAGCUUCUUCCUCUCCACGGACGAGCAGGACGAGCACUCCACCUCCAGCGCCGGCCCCGUGGAGGGCGAGGGCUCGGAGGUGCCGUACGAGCGCGAGUUCCCCGAGGGCUUCGAGCCCGUGCGGUCCGAGCACCUGGCCGAGAUGAGGGUGCAGAGCUCCCCCAUCGUUCGCAACCCCUACAUGUCCCCGCUGCUGGCCCCCGACAGCAUGCUGAAAGGGCUGCCUCCCAUACACAUAGUGGCCUGUGCUUUGGACCCGAUGUUAGAUGAUUCUGUGAUGUUUGCCAAGAGACUGAGGAACAUUGACCAACCGGUGACCCUGUGUGUGGUGGAGGACCUUCCCCACGGCUUCCUCAGCCUCUCCCAGCUCUCCAGGGAGACCCGAGAGGCUGCCAACGUCUGCGUGGAGCGAAUCAGGAAAGUCUUCACCGAGCAGGACCCACCGCCAGCCACUCGCAAGCACCGGAAGCUGGAGAGGACCAAUCAGGGUAUCGCUGCUGCCGUGGGAGGAGCUGCAAGGCUGGCAGAAGGGACCAAUCAGGCAGAGGAGUCAUUCCCAGUGGGAGGGAGAAUUGCAGGAGGGGAGGAGCUGGCUGAGGGAGCUGGACAGAAUAACUCUGAAAGGAAAGAGACAGGGGUUUAAUGGGCAGAGGCAGAGAGGGGCACGAGUUGUGCACUAGGAGAGAAAGGAAGUAAGGGAGGGAGGAAAGUGGAAGAGUGACGGGGGUUGAAUGAACGGAUCAAAAGACAGAACAAGAGAGAAGCUGGACGUGAAACCCGGGGUUUUUGGGAAGAGCGCAUUGGGGACCCUGUUGAGAGACUGGCUUCUUCCUCCAUCUCACCUCCCGCUGUGGCGGGGUCCACUCAACACUCCACUCAUCAUCGUCAGCUUUAAGCUCUACUGGUUGCUGUUGCACUGUGUACAAAGACGAUAGGAAACUGGGUUCGUCGGAAACCUUACGCAUACAGACUUUGCACGUGCAACAUGCUGUGCACACAUACAGAAGCAGUGUUUACAAUCGCUGAACUGAAGUGCACACGAACAGC